AUGUCGCACAGCAACAAGGCCGAUUCACGACCAACACCCUCAAUUAUGCUUAGCACAAUUUCCCUGGACUUGAAUAUAUCGCAAAUGCUGCACUGGCCGCCUCCUGAGCACUUAUUCGUCGGGAAGGUUGUGCCAUUUAAGCAACUGGAGAGUGCCGAAAUCACUGCGCUUGUUGAAGGUGUGAUUGCAACCUUACGCAUGGCGGCACUUGUAAUCCGUUUACACGUGGUCAUCAUUUCGUGUCUACUCAUCCCUCCCCCCAACCACCGGUUGGCUAAAUUAGUUGAUGGUUCCAUAAUAUAA